AUGGAUAUACCAAAUCUAAAACUUAUUUCACAAGAUGGUCAUGAAUUUUAUAUUUCUCGUGAAUGUGCACAACACAGUGGAACACUUAAAACAAUGCUUGAAGACCAACCAACAGAAGGUAUCAUUACUAUUCCUAUUCCUGGAAUUCCAAGCAAAUUAUUAGAACGAACCAUUGAGUAUAUGUACUACAGACAAAUGUACUCUCGUGCACCAUCUCAAGAUGUUAUUCCAAACUUUGAUAUCGACCCAUCAAAUGCUUUAGAAUUGUUACUCGCAUCACAUUAUCUUGACUUGUAA